GGAAGGCGGCCGGCGGGAGGCGGCUGGAGAUCGCAGCAGCCUGACCCUGGCGCGGGGCGGUGUCGCGUGCCGUGACAGGUCCCCGCGCGGGGCCGCGGCCGGAGCGAGCUCCUGUUGGCCGAGAGGGAGGAGGAGGGGGCCGGCUUGGCGUCCAGCUCCUAGAACCCAGGAUGGAUGUGCCGGCCCGGGUGUCCCGACGAGCGGCGGCCGCGGCGGCAACCAUGCUUCUGCGGACGGCGCGCGUCCCUCGCGAGUGCUGGUUCCUGCCGACCGCGCUACUCUGCGCUUAUGGCUUCUUUGCAAACCUCCGGCCAUCCGAGCCCUUCCUCACGCCCUACCUACUGGGGCCGGACAAGAACCUGACUCAGAGAGAGGUCUUCAAUGAGAUUUACCCGGUCUGGACGUACUCCUACCUGGUGCUGCUAUUCCCGGUGUUCCUCGCCACAGACUACCUCCGUUACAAGCCUGUCAUUCUGCUUCAGGGAUUCAGCCUUAUCGUUACCUGGUUCAUGCUGCUCUAUGCCCAAGGACUGCUGGCCAUUCAGUUCUUGGAAUUCUUCUAUGGCAUCGCCACAGCCGCUGAGAUCGCCUAUUACUCCUACAUCUACAGUGUGGUCGACCUGGGCAUGUACCAGAAGGUCACGAGUUACUGUCGCAGUGCCACCUUGGUGGGCUUCACGGUGGGCUCCGUCCUAGGGCAGAUCCUUGUCUCCGUGGCAGGCUGGUUACUGUUCAGCUUGAACGUCAUCUCCCUCACCUGCGUUUCGGUCGCUUUUGCGGUGGCCUGGUUUCUGCCCAUGCCACAGAAGAGCCUCUUCUUCCACCACAUUCCUGCCUCCUGUCACCGAGUGAAUGGCAUCAAGGUACAAAAUGGUGGCAUCGUUGCGGAUGCCCCAGCAUCUAACCACCUUCCUGGAUGGGAGGACAUUGAGUCAAAAAUGCCUCUAAAUGUAGACGAACCUCCUGUGGAGGAACCGGAGCCCAAGGCAGACCGGCUGCGCGUGUUGAAGGUCCUGUGGAACGACUUCUUGAUCUGUUACUCUUCCCGCCCCCUGCUCUGCUGGUCCGUGUGGUGGGCCCUCUCCACCUGUGGCUAUUUUCAAGUGGUGAACUACGCCCAGGGACUGUGGGAGGAGGUGAUGCCGUCUCAGAGCGCGGUUAUCUACAACGGCGGCGUGGAGGCUGUUUCAACCCUGCUGGGUGCUAGUGCUGUGUUUGCAGUGGGCUAUAUAAAAAUAUCUUGGUCAACUUGGGGAGAGAUUAUGUUAUUCCUGUGUUCUCUUCUGAUCGCUGCUGCAGUGUAUACCAUGGACACAGUGAGGAACAUUUGGGUGUGCUAUGCAUCCUAUGUUAUCUUCAGAAUCAUCUACAUGGUACUCAUCACCAUAGCAACUUUUCAGAUUGCUGCAAACCUCAGCAUGGAGCGUUAUGCCCUUGUGUUUGGUGUAAACACCUUCAUUGCCCUGGCAUUGCAGACCCUGCUCACUCUAAUCGUGGUAGAUGCCAAGGGCCUUGGCUUGGGAAUCACCACACAGUUCCUGAUUUACGCCACGUACUUUGCGGCCAUCUCUGUAUUUUUCCUGGCUAGUGGUGCAUUCAGUGUUAUAAAGAAAUGCAGGAAGCAGGAAGAGCCCAGCUCCAGCCCUCCUCAAGCAGCUACUCCCUAACCUGCUGCUGAAGUCAGGCUGCUUCCAAGUGAGGACUCUGCACAGCAACAGCCUGGAUGGAUUUAAAUUCUGUGUUCAGAAAAAUAUUUAUUAGUGUGUAUUUCAUGGCUUCAAAGCAGCUACUCCAUUAAUACCGUGUCUUCCAGGAGUUAUUAUAAUACUACUGAGAGAAGCCAGAACUGAAGCUUUCUUCGUGGAUUAUUUAUGAGCGUUAAUUUAAGAAUGACUUUUUCUAAUUAGACAAAAAAAAGAAGAAGAAGAAGAAUUUGAUUUUGGAAAUCAAGUAAUCAAGAGUAAUCAAGUGGCAUAUCUGUUGUUUCCUUGAUCAGCGUGUGAGUGUGAGAUUUAAUAGUCACGUGGCGGGAUCAGGGCUUCUGUGACCACAGGGUGUCCUACAUCAUGAUGGAAAUGCGACUGUGAGCACUUGCCUCUAUCCACGUCAAUCUAACUUCAGUGUUACCCGUGGGCCGUGUGUCUGCAGAUGGGAACUGCUCCCUGCUGGCAAUGUUUGCUCUGGUUUAAUGAUCUGUCCUCUAAGGAGUGUCAUUUCUAAUUUUAUUUUUUAAAUUCAUUGUAUGAAUGUUUUUGGUUCCCAUUCUGACCAUUGUAUAUUUUGGGAAACUUUCUUUAGAAGUACAUUUUUUGCAUUGUUCAUAUGCUUCCCAGAGAAGCUCAUUUCAUUAGAAAAGGCAAAUUUUAAAGCCUGCUGCUAAUCUAAAUGGGGAGAGCUAAUCACAAACUCAUGGUAGGUGUACUUGUCUUUAAUACUUUAGUAUGAAGGACUCUUAAUUCCAAGUAAAAAAAUCAUUUUCAGGUUAGAGAUAGAGGCAGCCUAUUCUAUAUUUGCAUACCCUUUUAUUUCCAAAAUAAAAUUAACUCUUUUCCUUUGAAACAACUUCAUUCCCAUAUGCCUUUUAUGUUAUCUUGGCGUUCUUAUCCAAGAUAAAGACAUCAGUAGGAACUAGAUUGUUCUAAGGCCUUUUUCAUAAACUGAGCCUCUUUUUAAUUGUUCUACUGUAGCUGGAACUAAGAUAGAUUUGAUGCCUGCAUUCUGGACCUUAAACCUGCCUUUAUUCCUAAGGUUAGAUCAUCUUGAGAGAUACUUCAAUUAAAAUUCGUUCCAUUUCCUCAUUACUUGAAAGUAUACGCUAAUAUUUGUGAGAACUGAGAACUAUUUCAAAGCCAACUUCGUUGCCUUAUUGUGCAAAGAGUCUUUGUAGGUGCUUUUAACUAGAGUGUUGAUUUUCUAAGAAUAGAAUAGCUAAACAGUGUUAUUAAUAUUGAAACUGCUAAAUUGGGCCUGGGAUAAUAUCCAGUAGUCGAAAGCUUGACCCGUGUGUGGAAGCAUUAGCACUGAGAAGACAAUACUGUAGAACUGACAUCGAAGAAAUGAGAGUAAUAAUAGGUCAUUCCGUGCACCUUCCCUUAUAGCUAGGAAAGGAAAAGAACACUGAGAAGGAGAGGGAGAACCUCCAAUUUUACAUUUCGGUCACCCUCCUCACCCCCCCCCUUUUUUAGGAAGUUGAUUGCCCAAAAACAAGGUUUGCAUUUAAGAAAUUUUAUUCUUUGCUUCUUAAAUAUCAUUGGUACAAUCAAAUUGCUCACAUUACCAAAGCAUUAUUUUCUUGGAAUUUAAUCCACAAUUUGUGGCACCCAACCUGAUCCUUCUUACCUGUCUAAAUCAUAUGUUCACAUCUUGCUAUGUGGCCGUAUUUGCUGAAUGCUGACCCGGAUGUGCUAGUUGUACUGUAUGCACUUUUACGAAGAUGUGAAAAUAAUUUGUUGUACUUUUUAUUCAAUUAUGUAUAGACUACAAAACUAUUUUUAUUAAAUAAAUAUUUUACAGUA